UUAAUUCAUUAAUAUUUUUAUAAUGAAAUUUACCAUAUCCACUCCUAACUCUACUACUAAUACUAAUAAUAACAGUACUAUUAAUCCGUUAGGAGGAGGAUUUGGAGUGUUUGAGAAGGAGGAGAAGGAAGAAGUAAAAAAGGAAAUAAUUAAAGAAUUCAGCCAAAAAGAUUAUAAACCUGCUGAAGAAAAUAUUAAUCACGUAAUUCCCUGUAAAAAUAAAUUAAUUAAACCUGUUAAUCAAGCCAACUCCACCACUAAUAAUGAGUUAAAAUAUGGCCUGAACCUCUUUAACUCCAAUACAUCUGAAGAUACUAACACUCAUAAUACAACUGGUGAUACCACUGAGAACACUAGUGAUACUACGGAUAAUAGUAAUAAUACGGUGGAUAGUGUGAAUAUUGUGGAUAGUGUGAAUAUUGUGGAUGAUGGAGAAGUGGAUAAAAAUUUGUACGAAGAAUUAUUUAAUACGAAAGUGUUGAAAAAUGAUAAUAUAAAGCCGAUACUAUUGAAUAAUAAUAAAACAGAUGUUGCAGUGGAUGAUAGAGUGGAUAAUUUGGGGAAAAUGUUAAGGGUGGACAAAUCGCAAUAUGAUAAAGUACCGGUAGAAAACUUCGGAAUGGCAAUGUUAAUGGGAAUGGGUUAUAACCCAAAUAAUACUCAAGAAAAUGAUAAUACCAUGAAAAAAUAUACUAAAAGAAUUUAUGAACGAGGUGGGCUUGGAACUGAUACAAUUAUGCAAAAUAAUAUGAAAAUACUCCAAGACAAUAAACACAUGUCAAAAUUACAACAACACACCACCAACCAUAAACCAGACAAAUCUUAAAUUAUUAUUCGAUCAAAUUUAUAGAAAAUAAUUACAAAAAACACUAAAAUUUUAAAAAAGUCAAAAGUUGAUCGGGUUAGGAAAUUAAAUUUUUCCUCCCUCAAUCAAAUCUUCCCCUUCAAUAACACAUUUACCAAAUUUUAAUUACAAAUAAUAAAUAAAUGUUAAAAGGUUUCAAAAAAUAUAAUAACUGGGGUAAUGCUAAAAUUAAAAGAAGAAUACACAGUAAUGUGUAAAUUUUGGUUGGGCGUAUGUAUAAUAGUGGAAUCCAACAAUAUUUCAAAUUCUAUUAAUAUUUUUCAACCUAAACAA